UCUCUCUCAGGACUCAUGGCUCCAUUAACGUUCCUGUUGUUUCUUCUGUCUGAAGCAGCUUCUGACCUACAAGUGGUAAUGGUGCACCCUGGAGAUGAUGUCACUCUGCCAUGUGAGGCUGCUGAUUCCUCCAUAAGUGCUGUAGAUUGGACCAGACCUGACCUGGAACCAGAGUAUGUCCUCUAUUGCAGCGAUGGACACUUGGAUCCAACCCACCAGCAUCCAUCCUUUAAGGACAGGGUGGAGCUGGUGGACAGAGAGCUGAAGGACGGAGACGUGUCUUUAAUUCUGAAGAAUGUGAACAUCAACGACACUGGAACAUACGAGUGUCGAGUUGCACCAGCUGGUUCAAGACGCAAAAAAAGAGCAAUCCUCGACUCUGAGCCAAUCAGAAUCAUCCGUCUGCAGGUUACAGAGCCAGGAGCUCGUGGAGACGGUGGAUUGGUAGCAGGUGUUGUUGCAGGUACACUGUUUCUUGUAGCUGUAGCUGCAGUGGUUGGUGGCCUGAUGUAUAAAAGACAUCGGGACAACAGACCAGAACCGCCUGCUGCUGAAGACACUUCAACUCCUCUGACAACUUAGAGAUCUGCUCAGUAAAACCCACAUACUGUUUUCAAGUAAAAAAUUAUUACUAAAAAUACAUUUUACUCAAGUCAAAGUUCUGUUACUUUGAAGACUCCAAUAAUGUCUCCCCUCUGUGAGAGGGGGGGUCUGGGAUCUGAGUCUGGGAUCUGUAUCAUCUGGAGCUCUGAGAUCCAUGAUGAGUUGGUCCCAGACUAAGUUAAUCAGUUCAAAUGAACUCUACCUUUAGAGAACUAGAAUAUUUAACAUGAGUAAAAGUAAUGUUGCUUUAAAGAAAAGGAGAAGUGAUGUAACUUAAAGUACUUUUACUUUUCAAUACAUUUUCCUCAA